AUGGCUGAACGUCUGGAGGACCAUCUUCAAUGUCCCACCUGUCUGGACGUCUUCAAAGAUCCUGUUAUCCUGCAGUGCAGUCACAGCUUCUGCCGUGCGUGUCUGCAAGAGUGGAAGGACAUAGGAGAACGAUCGUGUCCACUCUGUAGGACAGAGUUUAGUUCGAUGCAUACGCCCCUGAAUUUGGCACUGAAGAAUCUGUGUGAGAACGUUUCACGAGCCUCAGUCAAGUCAGAAGACAUCUGCAGCUUGCACCAGGAGGAACUCAAACUCUUCUGCUUGGAUCACCAAGAGCUUGUGUGCCUCAUCUGCAGAGACUCAGAAAUCCACGUUGGUCACAAGUUCCGACCGCUUGAAGAAAUUGUGAAAGGUCAUCAUGAGGAACUCCAGAAAGGCCUGCAGAAGGCCAAGGAAAGACUCCAAGAUUACAACUACUGUCAAGAGAAGUGCAAUGAACAGGCAGACUACAUCAAAGUCCAGAGGGAGAAGGUAAAACGCAAGAUUAAGAAGGAUUUUGAGGAGCUCCGUCACUUUCUCGACAUCGAAGAGGAGGCCAGGUUGGCUGCAGUCAGGGAGGAAGAGAAGAACAAGAGUCAAACGAUGAAGAACAAGAUCGCGGUUCUCGACCAACAAAUGAAGGCUCUCUCGGAUGCCAUCAGAAGCACAGAGGAGCAGCUGAUGUCUAGCCACGUUCCCUUCAUGAAGAACUUCCAGACUGUGAUGAGGAGAAUCCAAGAGCUGCCCGAAAAGCCGCAGCUUCUCCGAGGAGGUCUGCUGGACGAAGCCAAACACGUGGGCAACCUCAAGUUCAAGGUUUGGGAGCGGAUGAAGGAGACCCUCACCUACAGUCCCGUCAUUCUGGACCCCAACACGGCCAGUCCAGAACUCAGUCUGUCAGAAGAUCUGACCAGUCUGAGUUGGGAAGAACCGAAGCAGCAGCGUCCAAAGAAUCCAGAGAGAUUGAAGUCGGGUUCUGUGUUGGGAUGUGCUUUGAACUUGGGAAAAUACGUCUGGGAUGUUGAGGUGGAAAACAACAAUGACUGGCAAGUGGGGAUCGCGUGGGGGGACCCCUGUUUUCAGCAGAAAAUGAAUAAUAGUUGGUUCGCUGGAUUUUGGGAUGGUAAAUACAGAAAUUUUAAUGGCCAAUAUGGAGAGUGGAAUCCGCUUGUCCAAGUGCAGAUGAUCCGAGUUGAAGUGGACAUGAAUGAAAGGUCAUUGUCCUUCUCUGAACCUGUAACAAACACCAAAUUAACACAUUCGAAGUCUUCUGAUUGGCCAAAUUUGUCCGGUAACACCAAAAUGUAUCCUUACUUUUGGACAAAACAUAAAAGUUCUCUAAAAAUAAUCCCCAUUCCACCUGGUGUUACGACUGCCAUCCAUUAG